AUGUUUUCAUUACCUUUCCGGUUUUGUCGGGCCGUUUGGACGCCGGUGGCUGGCCAGGUGAGACAGGCCUCAUCUAAGCGCUGGCAGGCUCGACAGCAAAAGGAUCAAUUCACGAAAGAGGCAGCUGUCCAAGGUCUCAAAAGUCGAGCUGCUUUCAAGUUGUUACAGGGAUAUGCGCCAGGAUCAUGGUCACAAGUCGCCGCAAACCGUACCCAACCGCACGGCCGAGUCAUCGGUGUCGAUCUUAUUCCCGCGCAACCUCCGAAGGGGGUCUCGACAAUCCAGGGAAAUUUCCUCGCACCUGAAAUUCAAACUUAUAUCCGGGACUUCCUCCGCGACCCGGAAAGAGGUAGACCACGGCAAACCGAUCUAGGUCAACCUAGUCCCAGCUUAUUGGAGCCGAAAACCGACGAGAGCACGGCAGAAGGGAAGGAUGGGCAAGAUAAAAUUCUUGAAAGAACAGUAGAUGUUGUUCUCAGUGAUAUGUCUGCACCCUGGCACCAGACCUCCGGUUUUUGGAAACGAAGUCUAAGUGCUCCCUAUCACAGGAUGAUGAAUACCAGCGGUGUUGCUUUCAAGGACCAUGCUGGAAGUAUGGAUCUCUGCAAUGCGGCUUUGCAAUUCAGCACGGAUGUCCUCAAGACAGGCGGCCACUUUGUUUGCAAGUUCUACCAAGGCGCCGAGGAUAAAGAGCUAGAGAUGCAGCUCAAGACAUUGUUCAAAAAGGUCCAUCGAUUAAAACCUGAAUCAUCUCGCAGUGUAUGA